AUGAAGUCAAUCGCUAUCAAGAGUUUAAUUCUCACUGCCAUUCCUCUCAGUGUAAUGUCUGUCCAAUCACAUCACGGUAGAAAUGUACUAGCUAGUGCUCAAGGUAACUACAAAGGAGAUAAUUAAGAUGAGUGCAGAUUAGAAGGUCCAAGAGGCCCUCAAGGACCAAAGGGUGACUGCGGUUUACAAGGUGCACCAGGACUUUAAGGUCCACAAGGAGAAAGAGGUGAGAGAGGUCUUCAAGGUCCACAAGGAUGUAAAGGUGACAAAGGAGAACAAGGUCUUUAAGGAUCUAGAGGAGAUAAAGGUGAGAAAGGUGAUAAAGGAGAAAAAGGCAAUAAAGGCGAUAAAGGAGAAAAUGGUGAGAAAGGUGAAAAAGGAGACAAAGGAGAUAAAGGCGAUAGAGGAUUGGUUGGUUCAACCGGUCCAGCUGGAUGUGACGGAAAGAAUGGACUUUAAGGACCUGCAGGACCCAGAGGUUGUGACGGUUCAAAGGGUGAUUGCGGUCUCCAAGGCGCUCCUGGACUCUAAGGCCCCAGAGGAAAUGAUGGAAGAAACGGCAGAGAUGGCUGCAAUGGAAAAGACGGCAAGGAUGGAAAAGACGGAAAGGACGGUUGCGACUGGAUUAGAUCUGAUGACGAAUGGUCUGUGUAUGGCAAUGACUUUGGCAGUGCAAAUCAAGAUAGAGAUCAUGAAUUUUAGAUAAAUGAAGAUUAUGAAGAUCAUCUUUUGAAGGGUCUUAUUUCUCAUGAAACUAAAACCGAUAACUGGGCUGAUAUUGACGGUACCAUUGUUCAGAAAUGCGGUUGGGACUACUUGAGAGUCGAUGACUAUACUACCGAUUUCUCAUGCUCAAAAUCAUACUUCAAUCAGUGUCCAGCUGGAAAAUUCAUCUGGUCUGUUUACAGAAACCCAAGCCGCAUUGAUGAUGAAGAUGCCGUAUACAAGGGUAGAUGCGCUCAAGUUAACACAUAAGAUAAGAAUCAUCUUAACGAGUACGGUAACUGUUACAUUCAAGAUACCCACAAGAAAUGUGAGAGAUUAGACAAAUGUAUGGCUACUGGUUAGGACUAUACCUGUCUCAAGGAUGGUUACUAUGUUGCUGGUUUCAAGAUCCAAAAUGACUGUGAUGACUCCAAACUUGUCCUUAAAUGCUGUGCUCCAUACAUCUGA